UUCAUUUUUUGACACCGACAGGCAGCCGUCCCUACAACUCUUACACAGCAGAGUGUGAAUAUUACCCAACUUCAGGAAGCUUCCUUAUGUUACUGUAGACAAUGUUGUUCUCUCCGACGGGUUUCACUGAAUGUUUACGCGAAUGGGAGAAUUUGGAGAAAGAUCACCAACAAAUUCAGGACACCCACCGUCUUUACAAACAGAAGCUUGAGGAAGUCACCAAACUGCAGGACAGCAGCUCCGGUGCUAUUUCACGUCAGAGGAAGAAACUGAAAGAGCUGUCUCUGUCACUUGAAGCAUGCAAAGAGAACACCCCAGCACCAACAUUAAGUCCUGAGGAGUUGGAGGCCAUCGCUGAAAUCAGAGCCUCCAUCAAAGAGAGAGAAGAUGCCUUCUCUGAGAUGGAAGCUUUUCUGCCAAAGAAGAACGGGUUAUACCUCAGCCUUGUGCUAGGAAGCGUCAAUGUAACGCUCCUGAACAAACAGUCGAAAUUUGCCUACAAAGAUGAAUAUGAGAAAUUCAAACUCAUCCUCACAGUCAUCCUCUUCGUGUUCUCCUUCACCUGUCGCUUUGUGUUCAGCUACAGAGCCCUAGAUGCCCUCUUCUACUUCCUGUUGGUGUGGUACUACUGCACGCUCACCAUCCGGGAGAGCGUCCUCAUCAGCAACGGCUCGAGGAUCCGAGGUUGGUGGGUCUUUCAUCAUUAUGUGUCCACCUUUCUGUCUGGAGUCAUACUCACCUGGCCUGAAGGGGUUCUCUAUCAGAUGUUUAGGAACCAGUUCAUAUCAUACUGUCUCUACCAAAGCUUCGUCCAGUUUCUCCAGUACUACUACCAGAGUGGCAGCUUGUACCGACUCAGAGCGCUCGGAGAAAGGCAUAACAUGGACCUUACAGUCGAAGGUUUCCAGUCCUGGAUGUGGAGAGGCUUGACCUUCCUUCUACCUUUCUUGUUCUUUGGUCACUUCUGGCAGUUCUACAACGGCAUCACACUCUUCAAGAUGUCUCAGCUCCCGCAGUGCAAAGAGUGGCAGGUUAUGAUGUGCGGCUGCGCUUACAUGGUGCUCUUCCUGGGGAACUUCUUCACCACACUGGGAGUCGUUUACCAGAAAUACAUGAACAAUCAGGACAAGCCCAAGAGUUUAUAGGACUGAGACGACCAACUGAGCUGAAUCACCAAAUAUCAUGGAAAACCACCACAGCUCUAAUAUUCUCAUUCAGGCACUUUAUAAUGUCCUUAAAGACUUUUUACAUGUACCGCCCCUUUUAUCAAUGUCCUUAUAAAUUCAGUGAGUGUGUGUAAAUGAUUUCUAAAGCGAUAUGUCAAAAUGUGCUGUCACUCCAAACAACCAGGUACCUCGUAUGCCGGUCUUACUGUGCAGCUCUGUCAGGUUUCUGUAAAGAACCCAAUAUUAUAGACAGUGUUACUGAAUAUGCAUCAUAUUUAUUGAGGGAAAUCUACAAUCUGUUACUGAGCUGCUUCUUUUUAAGCCGUACAGAAAGUUAUUUUAUGAAACACUCCUCCACUGCUUUAUGUUUACACUCUUUCCCCUCAAAGACUUCCCAGAUCAUUUCGUUUAAAUUCAACGUGAGACCCCAAAGUCGAGAGAUAUGUGAGCGUUUUACAUCAAAAAAAGGGGAAAUUUAAAAAAAAGCCACACAAAUGUUGUCGUAUUUUGUGUUCUUCUUUCCCACUGCUUUAUCGUCGGCUCUAUCAGAGCUCGUGUCUGAACUAAUAAUGGAAAGUGAUUGCAUCUGUUUUGAAAAUGAGACUUUUAAACCAGAGCAUGUGUUUGUUUCAAUCAGUUUGUGUUUAUGAAUUUGUCUGCUUUUUAUAUGUUGUUUUUUUUCCUCUUCUAUCUUUUAUUGUAUUGCUGCGGGGCACAUCUGUGGGUCUCAGUGGGUUCUCCCUGCUAAAAUAAAGGAUCAAUGAAAUCUCA